GUAAAGCUGAAAAGAAAACAUCUAGAAACUAGAAAACUUGAUCAAAGAUCAAAAAAUAAAAUAAAAUUUAAAACAAAAUAUGUUGACAGACAAAUUCACAACCAGUGACGUUUUGGACCGUUUCAGUAUUCUAUACCUUAUGUUCAAUGAUUGAUGAAAUUAGAGAUACUAAUUGUUUCCAGAUGUUGGUUGUUAUUGGAUUUUAUUGGAAUUCUAGCUCCAACUAGAAUUAAAAACCUUCCAUCAGUUCCAGGUUAUCCAAUUGUUGGUAACCUAUUUCAAGUCUUAUCAAAUCCUGCUGAGAGGUAUAUGAAAUGGGCAAAAACACAUGGUGAUGUCGUCCAAAUGAGAUUGGGUACAAGAAUGGUUGUUGUUGCUAAUUCGUAUGAUUCUGUCAAGGAAUUAUGGAUCAAGAAUAGAGAUGCUAAUAACUCAAGACCUAUCUUGUAUACGUUCCAUUCUGUUGUUUCCAAAACACAAGGAUUUACCAUUGGUACAACUCCUUAUGGUGAAUCUUACAAGAAAAAGAAGAAGAUUGUGGCAACUUCAUUGAAUAGGAAAAUGGUUGAAGAAUUGAGAGGGUUGAUCAGUGAUGAAUGCACAAACAUGUUCAAGAGAAUAGAAGUUCAAAGAGAUCUCAUUGAACAUCAUUCAAAAGACAAGGAUAUUGAUUUGUUCAAACUACUUCAAGGUUUUGUUUUAAGAGUUAGUCUUUAUAUCACAUACGGGUAUCUUGUUAAGGUUGAACAUAGUGACAAAUGUAAAUUGUUUGAUGAGAUUACUCAUGUUGAGAAUAUAAUUGUUCGGUUAAGAGGUCAUAGCUCCAAUUUACAAGAUUAUCUUCCAAUUCUUAGGUUUAUUCCUUUUGGGAAAAAGACAGAAAUGGCAAAUAAUUUUAGAGAUAGAAGAGACAUUUACAUGGCCAAAUUCAUCAAUGGCUUGAAGGAAAAGAUGCUAAAUGGAGAAGAUUAUGAAGAAUCUAUUGUUAGUAAGGCCCUUCGUGGGUGUCCCGAGUUUCCUCAAGUUACUGAAGAUGAACUAAAAUCUGUUUGCUUGACCAUGGUUAGUGCAGGUUUAGAUAAUACACCAUUAGUUCUCAAUCACAUACUGGGUCAUCUAUCACAACCUACUACUGGCGCUGCCAUGCAGGAAGUUGCUGUUACUGAAAUUUUAAAGCAGUAUGGUGAUUUGGAGACUGCGUACAAUGAGUGUUGCGCUGAAUAUAAGGUUGAUUAUGUCGAGGCCUUAUUGAAGGAAGGCCUUAGGUAUUUUUCAGUUUUACCAACAAGUUUACCUCGUGCAACAUCAAAGGAUAUCAUCUAUAGAGAUGCAGUGAUACCGAAGGGAACAAUCAUGUUCAUGAAUGCAUUUGCAGCUAAUCAUGAUACAAGACAUUUUGAAAAUCCAUAUUACUUUGAACCCUUGAGAUACCUAGAUGCUGAUAAAAAAUUGAAAGUUAUGGAGGAAGGUACAAAUCUAUUUACAUUCGGAGCUGGUUCAAGAAUGUGUGCUGGGUCACAUUUGGCCAUGAAGGAGAUGUAUGUUGCUUUAACUAGAUUAUUGAUUCUAUAUAAGAUUGAACCACCUUUGGAUAGGAAUAAUCUUAUGGAGUUGAAUCCAUUCAAAUUGAACUCAAUACCAGAUUCAGUUGCGAUUGAGCCAUUUGAGUUCAAAGUGAGGCUCAAGGUCAGAGACCAGAAGACGUUUCAAAGAUUAGUUGGAGUUGAACCUUUGAUAUAG